ACAGAUAUUGAUAUAUACACGUUAGAGAUUAUAGAUUAAAUACCUGAACAUCUACCCAAAAACCCUAAAAUCGCCUCUCUGUUUUCUAUAUCUCCUUCGACGGCGAAUCCAAAUUCACACUGCCAACGGCUCUCUCUCUUGUCUUCUUCACAGCUCUCUGUGUCCUGUCUUCUUCGCAGCUCUCUCUAUUCUGUCUUCUUCGGAUCCUAAAAGGAAAAGAAGGAUUUCAUGGCGGAGGUAAUGAUGAUGCACGAGCUGGAGGCUCGUGCGGUCGCGGCCGGGAUCGACCUCUCCCAGCUCGACCUCAACUCUAUACAGCUUCCGCGUGACGAAAGUUUUGGAAUAAUAAGUGAUGAUGAGGAUGUUUACGAGGAAGAACAGCUGGAUUUUGAGACCGGCUUCGGUAACAUUAUUGUUGUUGAUAAUCUUCCAGUUGUUCCCCGAGAAAAGUUUGAAAAACUUGAAGGUGUGAUUCGUAAAAUUUAUAGCCAGAUUGGUGUAAUCAAGGAAGAUGGUCUCUGGAUGCCUGUUGAUCCUGAGACCCAGAAAACCUUGGGUUACUGCUUUAUCGAAUAUAACACUCCUCAGGAAGCUGAGCUAGCUAAGGAGAAGACAAAUGGGUACAAGUUGGACAGAGCACAUAUUUUUGCUGUCAACAUGUUUGAUGACUUCGAUAAAUUUAUGAGAGUUCCGGAUGAAUGGGCCCCUCCUGAAAUCAGGCCAUAUGUUCCUGGGGAAAAUCUUCAACACUGGCUUACUGAUGAAAAAGCACGGGAUCAGUUUGUGAUUUGUGCUGGCUCAGAUACUGAGGUUUUCUGGAACGAUGCAAGGCAGUUGAAGCCUGACCCUGUUUACAAGCGUGCUUAUUGGACUGAGAGUUUUGUACAAUGGUCCCCGCUAGGAACUUAUUUGGCUACAGUUCACAGGCAGGGAGCUGCUGUAUGGGGUGGUGCAACUGCCUUUAAUAGGUUGAUGCGUUACGCUCAUCCCCAGGUUAAACUUAUUGACUUUUCUCCGGGUGAGAAAUAUUUGGUUACCUAUAGCAGCCAUGAACCAAGCAAUCCUCGUGAUGCAAAUAGGAUUGUCAUAAAUAUUUUUGAUGUAAGAACUGGAAAAGUGAUGAGAGACUUCAAGGGGAGUGCUGAUGAGUUUGCAGUUGGAGGAACAAGUGGUGUUACAGGGGUGUCAUGGCCCAUUUUCAGGUGGGGUGGCGGAAAAGAUGACAAGUACUUUGCAAAAAUUGGGAAGAACAUGAUUUCUAUUUAUGAAACUGAGACCUUUAGCCUCAUUGACAAGAAGUCUUUGAAAGUUGAAAAUGUUCUGGACUUCAGUUGGUCUCCAACUGAUCCCAUUCUGGCACUUUUUGUUCCUGAACUUGCUGGUGGUAACCAACCUGCUAGGGUGUCUCUUGUUCAAGUUCCCAGUAAAGAGGAACUGAGGCAGAAGAAUCUUUUCAGUGUUAGUGAUUGCAAAAUGUAUUGGCAAAGCAGUGGGGACUAUCUUGCAGUUAAAGUUGAUCGAUAUACAAAAUCGAAGAGGACCACAUACACAGGCUUUGAGCUUUUCCGAAUAAAAGAACGGGACAUACCCAUUGAGGUAUUGGAGCUUGACAACAAGAAUGACAAGAUCAUUGCCUUUGCUUGGGAGCCAAAGGGUCAUAGAUUUGCUGUUAUUCAUGGGGAUAGCCCAAGGCCUGAUGUCAGUUUUUACUCGAUGAGGACUGCUCAUAAUACUGGUCGGGUUUCGAAGCUCACUACGCUGAAAGGCAAACAGGCAAAUGCUCUUUUCUGGUCACCUGCUGGCCACUAUAUUAUACUUGCUGGGUUGAAGGGUUUUAAUGGUCAAUUAGAGUUCUAUAAUGUUGAUGAACUGGAGACCAUGGCAACAACUGAACAUUUUAUGGCAACAGAUAUUGAAUGGGAUCCUACUGGAAGGUAUGUUGCAACUUCAGUGACUUCCGUUCACCAUGAAAUGGAAAAUGGGUUCAAUAUCUGGUCUUUCAAUGGGAAGCUACUUUAUAGGAUACUUAAGGAUCAUUUCUUCCAGUUCUUGUGGCGCCCAAGGCCUCCGUCCUUCUUGAGUCCUGAAAAGGAGGAAGAGAUAGCUAACAAUUUGAAGAAAUAUAGUAAGAAGUACGAGGCGGAAGACCAAGAUGUUUCAUUGCAAUUGAGUGAGCAGGAUCGUGAAAAGAGGAGAAUGUUGAAGGAUGAAUGGGACAAAUGGGUCAAUGAGUGGAAACGGUUGCAAGAGGAAGAAAAAUUGGAGAGGCAGAAGUUAAGGGACGGUGAAGCCAGUGAUGAAGAAGAGGAGUACGAGGCCAAAGAAAUUGAAGUUGAAGAGUUGUUGGAUGUGUCAGAAGAGACACUUUCGUUUGAAUUUGGACAGGAGUAAGGACUAUUAGUUUUUAUAUAUUCCCAGAGUUCAUACGUUCAAUGCAACCAACUUGGAUGCGUGAAGUUGUGCAGAUACGCAAAAAGCUUGGCUACGGGUUGGAUAUUUGUAGUUUCAGUGGUUGAAUUUGUUUUAGGAACUUAUGGUUGAUGCUUUUCCUGAUCUGACUCCUCUGUUGAUCUGUAUCAAUUUCUUAAAUUUUGUUUGCCGGAUAAGUAUAUCGCCUUUCUUAUAGUUCUUCUGUUACUUAUUGUGGCUCCCUUCAUUCUAUUCAAUUUAUGCAAGUUUAACUGUAAGCUCAAGCAGGGGUUAGCUUGUUUAUUUUUCCAAUAGGCAAUAGCCUGGUAGAUUAUUUUGGCAUUUUGAGUUUGUACUAUUUAAAGUGCCUUGGAAGUUGGAACAUUUUAUUAAAUAUUACUAAAAUGUUUAUUAA